AUGUGUGAAGCGUUCGCAUCGGUCAGAGCCCUCAGUGGUUACUCCGGCGAGACGGACGACACAAUGCAGUUACAGCUGCCUCUCCGUUGCGGGCAGGCUGUCUUGGCUCUUGCCAUUCUGCACGCUUGCAGAGAUUGCGAUGGUGCUCAUGAUCUGUUGCGAGUCCCCAGCACCGAGACACCACUGGGCGUUUCCAGCUCGACGGUACUUGAAGAAGACAAAGAGAUUGCACAAAAUCACGGUUUGGCGCACAAGUUUCGGCGUUAUGUUAAAGAGGAGCAUGUGACGAACAAAAGUGCUCCGUCGGAUGCUGACGCUGAGGACGAAGGUGCUAUCUAUGAUGCAUUGCCGCUUCAGAUCAAGCGCAGAGCCCCAAGCAACCAUUCUCCAAGUCUACUGCAUCUGGCAGUACCCCUCGGUACUGCGUUCUUUUCGGGAGCUGCCUUGAAGAGUAGCAUUGUCGGAGAUUCCCACCAUGCGUGGCCCUCCUUGCCUGGCACAUUUUCCGGCGGGCCGGACUCAGGUGCCGACGGAUGCGGUCUCUUGUGCCUCAUGUCUGAUACCGACAUGACGGACGUACCGCAGGAACACAACGAACAAGAGGUUACGACAGGUGGAAGCCAAGGCCGCCAGUCAGGAAGUACUCGUUCUACAUCCUCUUCGAGCACCGGUGAAUCGACAGGAGCAAGCGCAGACAGCUUCGACUACGACUCUCCCUCUGUCAGCGUGUCUCCGGAAUCAGCAGCUCAGGGCUUGUGGCGAUUUGGCAGCGUGGCAUUGAAAUCAGCAUCACUGGCUACUGGCUUCCUCGCGUUUGCCCUCGCAGCUGCGGCGGUUGGCCUGGGUGUGAGGCGUUCAAGUCUAGAGCGCCACCGGCAUGGUCUGAUUGGCCGCGGCACAGCAGCCUGGCAUUCCAGGACCUGCUUCGUGUUCAUUGACAUCGACGCUGCCAGAACAACUGGUAGAAUUUCCGGUAGGAUUGUGCCAGGCUCCGCGCGUAUCUCAGUAAGCAGGCUGUCCAACAGAGCGAUCCUGCGAUACCUGGAGAAACCUCAUUUAUUCGACAAUGGCUUGCAAGGCAUACUGAGACGAAGUAUUAAGAGAGUUGAGGCAUUUCAGAUACCAAGUCAGUGUUACGCAGAGGCGAGCUUGUCUCCCGUCCCCAAGCGUAGAGGCAAUCCACAGCCCGUAGUCACGACGAAGUCCGCUUACUUUCGGGAAAUUGUAGCCAGGAAUAACGCGCAGAAAGGCUCUGUUGUCGGAAUGCUGAUCCACUUGGAUCGGUGCCCUGGAUGGCAGUCGAUCCCCAGGGAUCCAUCCAUCGACGGCGAUGAGGCACUUUUCAUGAAGAUCUUUUCUUCUCAUCCGUUUUGUGCCGCCGGUUGGUGUGACGGCGUCCUGAAAGCUGCCGGGCCUCCGCAUCCUGGAGUCCCACCUAGGGGCACGGUUCCGUGGAUCAUUUCGGUGGACACGUUCGGUCACGGCAUACGACUUCUGGCGUCGGUAGGUGCAGUGGAAAACGGUAGCCGAAGUCGUCUGUACUUUCUUGUAUCGGCCCCGCAUAUUGAUAGGAUUCGUUUGUUUAUAGCCAUUGGGAGCGGCCACCUGGCCAUCACUGAAAACAUCCCCACGGUUGAGGAUUCUUGUAGCGCCGCUGGUGCUUUCUUCUCUGGAACUGAGCUGAUGAGAUACUCGAUCAUUCCUUUCGCAGACGCCGGGCAGCCAGCGCCAUCCCACCCGACAGUAUCUCGUGCAGACGUGGGUGACAGUAGCAGCCCUGAUCUCAGCAACAACUCUGACGUUCAUCAGUCUACAGUAGUAAGAGAGAACUGGUGGCGUAAGUGGCUGGCGGCUCUACAGGAGGCACAGGAACCGCAUCCGUCGGAAGCCGAGGCGCAGCUGGCCGGCAUCAUUAUUGAAAUGCACCUGCAAAACAUCGCGCGAUUGCCAAAGGAAGUGCCAUUAAGGAAAGAGGAUACUCUUUUCGGCAAUAGCAACUAA